ACUCAUUUAGACAACAUAGUAAUAGUAGUAAAUAGAAUCAUUGAAAUUUUCAAUAACAUUAAAAAUCCAAGGUCUUUCCCAAAUUUCAUGUAGUUGAAGUUAGUGGUGCUUGACUGUAUGACGGCAUCAUUGGAAUUUUGAUCGGUGUUUGGCAGUGCCAACUGCCAUAAUUAAUGGUUAGACAACAAAAGCGUUAGCCGCGCUCCACACACACAUCCCAUCACACAGCCGGGUUUUAGCAGAAGCAGCAUCAGAAGGCGGAUGGAUUCGUUGGAUGAUGGCAACGGCCCUCGAGCAUUUCGAAGUGUGACCGCGUAAACUGAAUACGAAAUUAUAUUUAGAAGCACGACGUCAUCCGUGGUGUCUGGACCUGUGAAUGAAAGUUCAGACGAAGCUCAGGCCCAGAAAGAGGAGCAGAGAAAUACAUCAAGUCACGGUGUUCAGGCGAUCUCUGUCCAGCGAUCUCCGAAUCUCUGGCAUCGGACUCUGCACCCACCGAGCGCCGCUUUAAGGCGUCGACGCGUGCGCCGACCGACGCUCCCCAGUCGCCGGAGCCGUUCAAGGACGUGCUCGAGGACUUCGAGCAGAAGAUAAUGCCGGGAGUGGUGCACUGGAACCACCCCAAGUUCUUCGCCUACUUCCCAUCGGGCAACUCCUUUCCCUCCGUCCUAGGCGACAUGCUUAGCAGUGCCAUUGGUUCAAUUGGCUUCAGCUGGGCCAGCUGUCCGGCGGCUGCCGAGCUGGAGACGAUCGUGAUGAACUGGUACGCCAAGGCCCUUGGUUUGCCCAAGGCCUUUGUUUCGGAUGCUCCAGGCAGCACAGGCGGCGGUGCCCUCCAGGGAUCCGCCUCAGAGUGCGUUCUCGUCUCUCUAAUCACAGCCCGCGCACGGGCCAUCAGCGAGCUAAAGGGUCAGACCAGCGUUCACGACAGCGUUUUCCUGCCCAGUCUGAUCGCCUACGCCAGCCGCGAGGCACACUCCUCCGUGGAAAAGGCCACCAAGAUGGCCCUGGUGAAGCUCCGGAUCAUCGAUGCCGACGAGCAUGGUCGCAUGCGCGUUGACCUACUGCGCCAAGCAAUUCAAAACGAUGUUAACGCCGGUUUGACACCCUUCUUUGUAGUGGCCACUGUGGGUACCACCGGCGGAUGCGCUUUCGACGAUAUUACGGAGAUCGGAAAGGUAUGCCGCCAGGUGUCGAGCAUUUGGCUGCACGUAGACGGCGCCUACGCGGGAAACUCUUUCAUUCUACCCGAGAUGCGGGUAUUUUCCGCCGGACUCGAAUACGCCGAUUCUUUUAACACAAAUCCCAACAAGCUUCUGCUGACAAACUUUGAUGCCUCUGCCCUGUGGGUGCGGGAUGUGAUGAACCUCAAGAGCGCGCUCAACGUGAAUCCACUCUACCUACGACACGAGCACUUGACCGGAGUUGACUACCGCCACUACGGCAUUCCCCUGAGUCGCCGAUUCCGGGCGCUCAAGCUCUGGUUCGUCUUCCGGACAUACGGCAUUCGAGGCCUACAGGAAUACAUUCGAAAUCACAUGGCGUUGGCUAAGAAGUUUGAGAUGCUAGUCCGUAAGGACGAUCGAUUCGAAGUCCGGAACGACGUUCACCUUGGCCUAGUUUGCUUCAGAAUGCGAACUGGUGACGAGCCCAACCACAUGCUGCUCGCCCAGAUCAACCACUCAGGCAAGAUGCACAUGACGCCAGCCAAAUUCAACGGCCGCUACGUGAUCCGCUUCUGCGUCACCUAUGAGCACGCCACUGAGAAGGACAUCCUGGAGGCUUGGACCCAGAUAAAGUGCUUUGCUGAGGAAAUACUGCGGGACCACCAGUUGGAGUCCAGCUCCGUGCCAACCACGCCGGAAAGUUCAGAGCGCACUAGCUCAGAGCCAGUGGCUCCAGUGGCGGGCAAGCCUCCCAUCAAAAAAAGGCUGACCAGGACAAAGUCGUUGCGUUUCUCCUUCACGCGCAGCAUCUCGCGGGAGCAGUACCAGAGCCAGAGCGAGCAUCUUAUGGAUGGGUGCACUCCCAUCCUGGUCGUGGAUCCCAAAACUCUUCAGGAGAACUUCCAAAAGGCGGCAGAUGACAAUGAUAGAAACAACAGCAAUGGCAACGUAAAACUCAAAGAUAUAUCAGACGUGGAUACAGACGAGGCGAGUAACUAAGCGUCGACCCUAAAGGGAUUAAAAGGGAUGGAGUUACCUCUACCUAGUAUUAAUUGUCGAGCUGAAAUGAGGCAUGAACCAAUCGUCUACCGACUAACAGUGCUCAGUUUCAAUAUUAGAAUAUACAUUUAUGUAUUUUUAGGGCCUUAGUUGUUGCUGAAUAUCAUGUAAUUAAGAGAUAGACUCAUUUGUAACUGCUUAUAUCUUGUACCUACCUUAAGUUACUAUCAUGAACAAAGCACGUAUUUAUAAACAUUAUAUCGGCAUUUUUUAUGCAAAGAAAAAUACAAACAUAAUGCAAAGUAACCCAUAUCACGUGUCUUGUAAUAGCGGUUUUAAGGACAAUCUUAAGUUCACCAUGUUAUUUAUAAUAAAAAUUGUCCAGUGUCGUCU